UAAAUUUCAUGUCAGUAUUCAGACUCCCCGCUCACCACCUCCCUCAGAUUCAAUCAAAAGCUUUCAACCUUUCUGUCUUUUGCUUACGAUUCUUUUAUGGGUUGCUCUUCAACUGCAUUCGCUCCAAAGUUUGGAAAAUUUGUUUUCUUUUUAACGUAUUUCGCGGCGCAGACGUAAUCGAUGGCGCUGGAAGCAAAGCCCAUGUGCUCUACCUGUUCGGUCAAAUGCCUGGCAGAAGCAUUGCCCAUAAACUUGAUCCCCACAUCUCGUGUGAAAGCAAAAGCGCAAGAGACAAGCAAAUGGGAUUCGAGUUUACAAUUCAUACACACCUCGUGACGGUGGAACUUAUUGCUGGGGAAAGUUUCUUAGUUGAUAUAGUCAAUGCCUCUCUCUCUCUUUUUGUCUUCUCUAAUAGAUUUCUUUUUUGGCCUGAUCUGAUCAUUUAAUUAGGAGUUCUACAUUAGUUCCUUGGAAAGCCAGAAUUAUUUUGAGAUUUGUCUUUCAAAGUAUAGACACAUUUGCUGUUUCUUGCUGAAACUUGGGUCAUUUUCUACCUCUUCCUCCUUGGCUGCCGUCAUUUGGGUUUAUUUGGGCGAUUUUUUCUAGGGAGCUCAGAUAAAUGGUAUAGGCCUACAUAUUGGAAUUUGUGUUUCUGGCUGUUGCUUGUUUUUGCUCUUCUAGUGCGUGAUUGAUUGGUUGGCGUCUGCCACUUGGAUGUCAACCGUUGUCUCACUUGAAGACUUUCAUGCGCUAGUUUCUUCUUUUGUUCCUUUAUAGACAAAAUUCCUUGCAAACCAAGAAAUAUUUUGGGAUCGUUGUUCCUGAAUCCUGUUUCUUUUCAUUCUUGUGUACUGAUUCGUUAAUGGGCAACUCUUUGCUGUCUGUCCUUUGCUUGUCAUUCCUUUUCUGGGGUACUUGUUAUGCUUCGACGCCUGGUGAGCAACAGAGAGAUAGGAUCACAAAAUUGCCUGGGCAGCCAGCCAAUGUUGGCUUCGCUCAGUACUCCGGUUAUGUGACAGUAAACCAGCAAGCUGGGAGGGCUUUGUUUUACUGGUUGGUUGAGGCUCCAGCAAGUCGUGGAGCUGACUCUAGGCCACUCGUCUUAUGGCUUAAUGGAGGACCUGGUUGUUCUUCUAUAGCAUAUGGCGCUGCUGAAGAGCUUGGUCCAUUCCGGAUACGUCCUGAUGGAAAGAAUCUUUACCUAAAUCCCUAUGCUUGGAAUAAUUUGGCAAACUUGCUUUUCCUUGAAUCACCAGCUGGUGUUGGUUUUUCUUAUUCAAAUACAUCAUCAGAUCUAUACACUGCAGGUGACCAGAAAACAGCUGAAGAUGCUUACUCAUUUCUAAUCCACUGGUUUGAAAGGUUUCCGCAAUACAAGUAUAGAGAUUUCUAUGUAGCUGGAGAAAGCUACGCAGGUCAUUAUGUUCCCCAGUUGUCUCAACUCAUCUACCGAAGAAACGAAGGAGUCAAGAAUCCUGCUAUUAAUUUCAAAGGUUUCAUGGUGGGGAAUGCUGUUACUGAUGAUUACCAUGAUUAUAUUGGCACAUUUGAGUACUGGUGGACCCAUGGUUUAAUCUCUGAUCCUACCUAUAAAACUCUUCAAGUAGUCUGCGACUCUGGAUCGUCUCAGCAUCCAUCAAGUGAUUGCAUAAAGGCUCUGAGUGUUGCAGAUAUGGAGAUGGGAAACAUUGACCAAUAUAGCAUUUUCACCCGCCCUUGCAAUAAUACUUCAUCCUUGAGACGUAACUUAAGAGGUCAUUAUCCAUGGAUGUCAAGAGCGUAUGACCCAUGCACAGAGAGAUAUGCGCAAUUGUACUUCAAUCUGCUAGAAGUUCAGAAAGCACUUCAUGCCAAUGUGACGAGCAUUAACUAUCCAUGGAAAACAUGCAGUGACAUUGUCGGAAACUACUGGGGAGAUUCUCCAUUGUCCAUGCUUCCUAUUUAUCGAGAACUAAUAGCAGCUGGUCUUAGAAUUUGGGUAUUCAGUGGAGACACUGAUGCAGUGGUUCCUGUGACUGCAACGCGAUACUCCAUCAAUGCCUUGAAGCUUCCAACAAUUAUCAACUGGUACCCUUGGUAUGACAAUGGAAAGGUCGGUGGCUGGAGCCAAGUAUACAAAGGGCUGACAUUUGUAACAGUAACUGGAGCUGGUCACGAGGUUCCUCUUCACCGCCCUCGACAAGCUUUUAUUCUUUUCAGGUCAUUUCUAGAGAAUAAGCCCAUGCCAAGCUGAAGCUACUUGAUUUAUUAAGAAAACCAAGGAGAAUCUUGAUUUGUUGAGGCUGUCAAAGAACUGAAUAAGAGGAUUCUUCCCAUGCUGCCUCUCCAUUCUUUCUAUCUAUACAGGGCAGGGCACCUUCCCAGUUUUAGAUUGCCAUUGAUGACUGUUCAGAUAUCUCAGAGAAGAAUAAAAUUGCAGGAAAGAUUUGAAGGAUUGUGGAUAAAACUGAUUGUUAAGUUUCCUUUUUGAUUCAUAAAAUAUGGAAAAUGUAAGUAUACAUUGUAUUUUCUUCAGGUUUUAGCUAUUAAAUUUGGGAUUGUUGAAAA